CAAAUAACCGGCGGGAAAACAGUUCUUGGCGGCUGUCGUGAGAAUCUGCUCAGAAAAUAUUUUGCAAUUAAAAUAAUAAUAAUAAAGAUGGACCCUUUAGAAGUGGAAUUUCUCGCUGAGAAGGAAAUGGUGAAGAUUAUCCCCAACUUUAGUCUUGAUAAAAUGUAUUUAAUCGGGGGAGACCUGGGACCGUUUAACCCGGGGCUGACGGUCGAGGUGCCCUUGUGGCUGGCGCUCAAUCUGAAACAGAGACAGAAGUGCAGGAUCAUUGCUCCAGAGUGGAUGGACGCCGAUAAACUGGAGGAGAUCCGAGAGCAGGAGAGACGAGAAGACGCCUUCACCCCGAUCCCCAGCCCUUACUACAUGGAACUGACCAAGUUACUGCUAAACGAUGCUGCAGACAACAUCCCGAGAGCAGACGAGAUCCGGACUCUGGUCAAAGACAUCUGGGACACUCGCAUCGCAAAACUGCGUCUGUCCGCUGACAGGUUCAUCAGCCAACAGGAGGCUCACGCCAGGCUGGAUAAUCUGACUCUGAUGGAGAUCAACACCACACGCACUUUCCUGUUGGAUUCUCUGAACUACAUGUACAAACUGCGCUCCAACCUGCAGCCCGGCUCAGGCUCGGGGAAAUCGCAGGAUUAUUAACCAGGAUGUUUGUGCGGUGUAUCAGGGCGGUGAGGUGAGGUGAGGUCCAGUUUGCUAAUCGGCCGCCGAUGCAGCUGCAGAUAUUCAUCGUACACAAGCAUGGUGUCGCUUCCUGGCCUCACCGGCGGUCCCUGUAGGCUCUUAUGGACCACGCUGCUCUUUAGAGUCCCGCUCAGCUCUCCGUACUGUGUGCUCAGACUCAUCGCUGCCCUCUGCUGGUUCAAAAAGGACUGCGUGGAUUUCUCCAGCUCGGCUAGAAAAGGGCGGGGCUCGGAGAACCCUGUCGGCCGGAUGAGCGGAAACUUCUCGUGUACAUCUUUGGGUUUUUCCGAGCCGAAAUGGCGCUCGGUUUUGGUUGGAGGCGGAGCAAGGCGGCUGAUGUCAUAGGGAUUUGAAUGUGGUUCGUGGAGAGGCCGCCGUGACUCAGAGGAGGUCUCUAUGAGCGAGGCGGGGUUCCAAAGGGUGGUGGGAGGUGCAGGGGCAGGGGCGUGGUCUCUGGGUUGGGGUUUGGGGGAGAUGAGAGGUGGAGGAGCCCCGAGGUGGGGGUGGAGAUCCCGUUCUCGUUCUCGCUCUCUGCUGCCAGGAUCGUGGUGGUUUGGGAUGGGCCUGUGUGAGAAAUAAAGAUGUGUACAUGUGGAAAAAAAAAAAAAGU